AUGCAGACAAGUGAACCAUUUGUGACUAAUUUUUAUAUCCAAAAAUAAAUAAAAAUAUUAAAACCUCAUCCUAUGGCUAUUAAAUUUGCUACCGACAUUUUAUAAAACUACUAUUAAUUAUAAGCAGUAAUAAUUUACAUUAUUAUAUUUAUAGAAAGAAUCCAUUAUACGUUUGCAAUCAUCACUACUUAAUAUUUAUUAGUUUUUUUAACUUGAUUAAUUUGAAGGAUCAUCUGACAUUUAUAACAAAAUAAAUAUUUUACUUGACGAAAUUUCAAAAAUUGAUGACAACACUAUCAAAAAAAUUAUAUUUCGACGUUCAGUCCCUAGAAAAUCAUUAGCAAAGUAAUUUAUUUUUAUUUUAAAACAUAAUAAGAUCUUUUAAAUUGUUAUCUUUAAAAUUAAGAAUAAGUUUUAAUGUUAUCAGUGAAAAUUGGAUCAAUAAAUAAAUCUAUCUGAACCAACUAAGAUGGUCUUGUUAAUGUAUUAAAAAUAUAUAAAAGUAUAUCUUCUUUUAAAAAAAGUUAAUUGAAUAAAGAUGUAGAUAGAGUAGCAAAAAACCAACUAAAAAUGUUUAUCUGUAGAAUUUGUGAAUAAUAAGUUUAGGCAAAGGAUAUGACUCAACAUUGUAUCUUAUGUGAAAAAAAAGCAUAAAGCAAAAAAAGAUUUAUUGAGUUGAAUUUAGAAUUAGCCAACUUAUGCGAAUAAGCAUAUUAAGAAAAACGAAAUGUUUAAGUUAAAUUAGCAAUAAAAAAGUAAGAAUUUUAAAUAAUAUUCAUAGAAUGAAAGAUAAAAAUAGAUAAAGGAUGUGUGGGAACACUUAAUAUAACUUUAGAAGAGUAUAAACCUUAGAUUAUUAAGAUGAAGAAGAUGAUGAAAAAGGUGAAUACCAAUAAGAAUAAAAUUACAUUGCAAAUAUAAUGACUUUAAUUAUUAAUUUUGCUGAAAAAACACUUCGCAAUGAAAUUGAGAUUGAAGAUAUGAAAUGUAACAAAUAAUAAUUCUUAAAUAUUUAGUGACUCUUAUUUUAAUGAAUGAUUUAGUAAGUUCUACUGAAUAUAUUGAAAAUUAAGAUGCAUUAAUCAUAAUUAAUUCAACUCAUAAAUGUUUAUUAGAAAGACUUGAAUAUCAUAAAAAGUAAGAAGGUUAUUAGAAUGUUAAAAUUUAAUAAUCAUAAGAUUAAUCCGAUGAUUGUAUCUAUAAAAUAAGGAGAGCCUUUACUAAAUCGAAUACCAUUUCUUUUAGAUUACCUAAAUUCUAAAGUAGCCUCUCUUCUCCUUCCUAAAGAAUAUCAACUGAUCCAAUUUAAGAAGAAGAUGAUUCACCAACUUAACCUUAGGUGAAAUCAUCAUAAAAAAUUAUAUCAUAAAGAAGAGGUUUUAGAAUGAAUUCUUCUAUCUUUAAAGUCAGUGAUGGAUCUGAAUCACCAAAAUCCUUAAAAAAUAUUUAAAUACAAUAAAAUUAAUAAAAAUAAAUAAGUUUUUAUAAUGGUGAUAUGAAUUAAUCAUUAAAUUCAACCAAUAUUGAUAAUAGGGUUGAUUAAAUUUAGAAAAAUUUUAAUGGUGAAUAUAGAAAUGAACGAGAAUAGUAAUCUCCUAUUUAAUAAAAACUAUCUUAAUUUAAAGCAAAUAUGGAACCAUUGAAUUUUCAAUAAAAAUAACCAUCAUUAGAAGAAAUUAGCCCUAAUUAGGAUAAUAUAAAUUCAUCAAUAAAAGAUGGAGAUAAUUCAUCAAAUGAAUCUGUAUAAAUAUCUAAUUAAGCAACUAAUAAUGACUCAAAUAUGUUAGGUUUGUAAAACAAAUAUUUUAAGAAAAGAUCAAAAAAAAAGUAAAACUUUCAUUCUUAAGAGAUUGAGAAAAUGUAAUAAAGUUAUAAAAUAUAACCCAGAAAAAGUAGAUUUUAUGAAAAUAAGAUAUGUAAAUCUCCAACAAUUUUACCUGAUUAUGGAUUAGAUGAAAUAUAAAUUGAUAAAGGUUAUCAUUCAGAUUCAAAUUUAAUUAAAACAGUAAUACCAUCUUAAAAUUAAAUAACAUAAGUUGGAAUUAAAGAUUUUGAAUUCAUAAAGCCAUUAGGAUAAGGUGCAUAUGGAUGGGUAUAUUUGGUUAAAAAAAAAGGAUCUGGAGAUUUAUAUGCAUUGAAAAUUAUUGAUUGUGCUUAAAGGGUAUUGAUUUUUAAUAUUUAGAACUUAGAGGCAUUUCUUGAAUAACUUAAGGCGGAAAGAAAUAUAUUUGAAAUUCUUAAUAGUAGUUUUGUAGUUAAAGCUUAUUUUUCAUUUGUUCAUGAACAAUAUUUAUGUUUUGUAUAAGAAUAUAUGAUGGGAGGAGAUCUUGCUAGUAUUCUUAAAACUUAUACAGUAAUUGUUAUAUAUUUAUAUUUUUAGGCUUUAGAUGAAUUUUAUGUUCGUCAUUAUAUGGCAGAAAUAAUUUUAGCAUUAGAUUAUUUAAGAUAAUAGAAUAUAGUUCAUAGAGAUUUAAAACCAGAGAAUAUUCUGUUAGAUAGUUAAGGUCAUGCUAAAUUAGCUGAUUUUGGUUUAUCUGAAUAAGGAGUUAAUAGUAGGUUAAAAUUAAAGGAUAGUCUAAAUUCAUUCAAUACUAUUGAAAUACCAUCAUGUGUAGAAUAAAUGAUUGAUAAAUAAGGUUAUUAAACAGUAUAUAAACAAUUAAAAAAAGUAGAAUCUAUUUUAGUAGAUAAACCAGGAAGCAGAACUAAAAAGUAAAUUAAUUUUUUUAGAAUUUAGAAUUGUUGGAACUCCUGAUUAUAUUGCACCAGAAAUAAUAUAAGGAACAUCUGCUAGUAAUUUCAGUUGUGAUUAUUGGAGCUUAGGAAUUAUUAUGUAUGAAUUAUUAUGCGGAAUUGCUCCAUUUAAUGAUGAUACAGUUGAAAAAAUAUUUGAUAACAUUCUUAAUAUGAAAAUUGAAUGGCCAUAAAUUGGUGAAGGAGAUGAUUGUAUUUCUUAAUAAGCUUAUGAUCUAAUGAUUAAAUUAUUAGAACCUAAUUUUUAUAAUCGAAUAGGACAUAAAUCUAUAGAAGAAAUUAAAAAUCAUCACUUUUUUAAAGGUAUUUAUUUAUUUAAUCUAAACGGUAUUUCUUGGAAUACAUUAUUAUGUAAGCCAGGAUUAAUUAUUCCAGAAUUAAAUUGUGAAUCUAAAGAUACAGAAAAUAUGCAUCAAUUUCUUAAAAAGUUAGAAAAAACAAAUAAAGAUAAUGAGAAUAAGAAAUUAACAUAAUAAUUAAAAGCAUAAUUAUAAAGCUUAGAAAGAAUUGAUCUUCUUAAAUAGAGAAGUAUUUAAGAAUCAGAAAAAUACUUGUAUUUCUAUGUUUAUUAAUUAGGUAACAAGUUAAUUAUGAACAAACGAAAUUAAUUAAAUAGAUUGAUUCCUUAACACAAUUUUAAGCUAAAAUAUACUAAACUUAUUCGAAGAUGUAGUGA